UUUUAGAAUAACGACAGAAGAAAAAUACCGUGUGCUUAGAUCUGAACACUUUUUCUGGGAAAAGUGCCAGAAGUGAAAAAAUAUCGCUUGAUUUUUGCAAUUAUUUCCAAACUUUCGAGUGUUUUACAUCUUAAAAAUUUACAUACAAAUAAAUAAACUUGUUGUCGGAAGUUUUAUGCGAAGGGGUAUGUUUAAAAAUGUCGGAAAAAGUCCAGAGAGGUUGCUGGAAGAUCGAUCAGAACGAAGAAGCUUGCUAUAUUGACGUUGAAGAAAAUGAUGAUGAAGACUGUGAUCCAAACAAGGAGUAUUCACAAUGGAGUAUCUUGCCUGACCUUCUUUUGGAGGAAAUAUUUUCAUAUUUAUCAGUUAAAGAACGAUACUAUGCUAGUUUGGUGUGUCGCCAUUGGUACAGCAUUUUUCACAUGCCACGGGUUUGGACGAAUUUUGUUGUCGAUGAUCAAACCCUUACGCGAACAAAAUACAACUAUUACUCAGGUUGGCAAUAUGUUCUCGACCACAUGAGGACGCAAAACUUCAUGCAGCGCGUGGGUCGUCAUAUUGGGGGCCUAGUUUUUCGUCCACUGCAUAGCUUUAAUAACAUUUUCCAAUUUAUGACACUACUUUCGUGGAGCAUUGAAAAGAGAAAUGAACGUCCCGAAUUAACUGGCGUUGGUUUAAGAAUUCGAAGUUUAGUCUAUGAAUUCCCGUGCAACAUGUCUCAAACAGAUGAUCCAGAAGGAAUAAAGUUGUUUGGAACUGGAGGUCAACUUCUUAAAUGUUUGAAGAAUCUUAUGACACAACUUACACAGCUAAGAGUUCUGAAGUUAAUAGAUUUCGUCUUGGAACGAUAUGAAGCUAAUCAUCUUCUCGAUGAAGUUCUUGACUCAUGUUUUUCCCAUAUGCGUGUUUUGAAUCUUGUUAAUGUUACAACAACACACUGCCCUAUUAUGCACGUAGGGCUUUUUGCUAAUCUCAGGGUUCUGACAAUGUCACCCCAGAAUAUCGAUGAUGACGUGAUAAAUCUGCUUGCGGAUUCAAAACUGGAACAUCUUAAUAUUCUGCAAAAUCGAUACACUCCAAUAGCAGGAUCAAUCACAGCUUGCGGAGCCAAGGCCUGGCGAGCCCUCAAAAGAGAUAAUCCAUCAUUGAAAGUUCACCUUCGUGUGGAAUCAGCCUCCGAUGGAGAAAUUCUACUACAACCAGAAGCUCCUGUUUACAGUAUUUUGUAUAAUGCACCCAAAACAAAGAUUAAACCUGAUUUGUUGAUCCGAAUGGUUGACCACUAUAAAGGAACACUUACCACGUACGGCCACGAACUUCUACCAAAAUUUGUAAGCCCAAAAUCGUUUGAUAAUAGAGUUGACAGCCUUAUCUUACUUCUUUGCCGUCAAUCAUAUAACCUAGAAACCCUGAUAAUAAGGGAAAAAAUUUCUACAUCUACAGUUUUGUUAAUAACAAAAACUGCAAAAAACCUUCAAAACUUGUAUAUUCGAAGAUUUGCCGUUAUUUUACGCUGUGAUUGGCCAAGAAACCCAGAUUGGUCUGAUGAUUUUUACUAUUGGUUGCGACGAUCAUCGAAAUCCUAUGAAAUUGUAGAAAAAGAAGUUUCAGCAAUUUUAGGAAAAAGUUGGCGAUUUCUGAGUGACAGUGAAUUUAAAAAAAUAAACCUAAACGAUAGAAAAAAUCUAUGACAAAAUGUUAAAAAAUAGUUUUAUUAGUUGUUAAUUGUUUCUUAUUUUUGAAUUAUACUACUUUAAUUUUUUUUAAACUAA